GGGUGGCGCGAAGCUGAGUUCCGCCUUGUAACACGGAGCGACGGCGUGUGAUUUGUAUAGCGAGUGGUUGGCAUCAUAUUAUUUGUUUACAACAUCUACUCUCCUGCGUUCAGCAUGGUGUCUGUAAAUAAGGGACAACCCGCGCAAAGUCGCAACUUGCCCUGGGUGGAAAAGUAUCGACCACAAACUUUGGAUGACUUGAUUUCACACCAAGAUAUUUUAAGCACAAUUCAGAGGUUUAUCAGUGAAGACAAGCUACCACACCUUUUAUUCUAUGGCCCACCAGGAACAGGAAAGACUUCCACAAUUUUAGCUUGUGCCAAACAGCUGUACAAAGAUAAAGAGUUCACCUCUAUGGUGUUAGAGUUAAAUGCUUCAGAUGACAGAGGUAUAGACGUUGUGAGAGGACCUGUCUUAAGCUUUGCCAGUACAAGAACUAUUUUUAAGAGAGGCUUCAAACUUGUGAUCCUGGAUGAAGCAGAUGCAAUGACUCAGGAUGCUCAGAAUGCUCUGAGACGAGUGAUUGAGAAGUUUACAGAAAACACUCGUUUUUGCCUUAUCUGCAACUUCCUUUCUAAGAUCAUACCAGCUCUGCAGUCCAGAUGCACAAGAUUUCGGUUCGGUCCAUUGAACUCUGACAUGAUGAUACCCAGGCUGGAGCAUGUGGUGCAAGAAGAAAAUGUGGAUAUUAGCCCGGAUGGAAUGAAAGCAUUGGUGACCCUUUCCAGUGGAGACAUGCGUAGAGCUUUGAAUAUCUUACAGAGUACAAAUAUGGCUUAUGGGAAAGUCACUGAGGAUACUGUGUAUACCUGUACAGGACAUCCACUGAAGUCUGACAUAGCUAAUAUUCUUGACUGGAUGCUGAAUAAGGACUUCACAACUGCCUACAAAAAUAUUAUGGAACUAAAGACCUUAAAAGGCCUUGCACUUCAUGACAUACUUACAGAAAUUCAUCUCUUUGUACAUCGAGACACAGAUUGGCUGCUGGGACAAGUGAAAAAAUUCAGCUAAGCUCCCUUAUAGCUGCAUUCCAAGUUACCAGGGACAUGAUUGUAGCUGAAGCUUAGUGCCAGCAAGGAGCGGUAUCUGAAAACAUGCUAUGCCUUCAAGAUUACUCAAGGACAAAGCAAGAAGAAUAAAUAAAUUAAAACAAACUGUAGAUAAAUGUUAUUUCAUUCUAUUUUAAGAAUGGUAAAGGAAGUUGAGACAUGAAAUUAAAAUAUGGAUAUUUUGAAGUGAGUAUACAGAAUAAAAAUGUCAUACUUGUUUUAAAAAAAAGCAUAGUUUUCAUUGUUUUGCUUACAUUUAAUAAAUAAAAAUAUAAAUGUCA